AUGGUUGCAAACAAAUCAAACAAUUUGGGUUUCGAGCAUAAGGAAAAUGAAAACAACACUGUGUCAAUGCUUAAGGAGUCAUUCUUGAAGGCCUUCAAGGGGCAGGACCUUGUUAUUGGGAAUGUUGGAGACUCGAGAGCGCUGUUAGGUACCGGAGAUACAGAUGACUCUCUCAUUUCGGUUCAGUUGACUGACGACCACAAGCCGAAGCUUCCAAAUAUAAGGAUUUUAAGGGAGAGUUGUACUUCAAUGGCUUCAGAAGCCAUGGAUGUAGCAGAUGCAUGUCCAACUGAGGAUAUUGUUGCUGCAUUAUUAGAAUACCUGGUUGAUCCAAAACUACAAGGAAAAUCUUCAGCUCAGGGAGAUAUAUCACAAAUUGCCCAGGAAUCAAUUGCAAAACAGCAGCACAAUGGCUUCAUCCGAAGCAAACCAGGUGAAUGGAGGGGCAUUGGGGAUGGGUUUCGCUUACACCAACCAUGUUCCAUGUGGUAUAAUGCUAUAAAGAAACCUACAAACCUUGCAUCAAACUCUAUGGAAACUGAAAUUCCCUUUCCUAUUUCAUGUACCAUAAUGAUCGACCUUCGGGGUAGCGUUCAUGCAGUUGUUUUAUUGUACAACUACUACCACAGGAAACAACAUCCUCAGCUUGAAUUUUUAUGUUUUGAGAACUUCUGCAAGCUAGCUGUGGUUGUCAAACCUGCUUUGUUGGCACAUGUAAGACUCUUCCAAAGAUCAAAUGACACUGAGUCUCAACCAUUUCCAUUGAUGGAGGAAAGAAUUAUGGAGGCAUGUAGCAUAUCUAUGAGUUUAGAUGCAUCGGAAGACGAUCUAAACAUUGAUGGAUGGCCAAUUUCCAAGGUUGCAGUUUUUUUAGUAGACUCCAGGAAGGAGAAUUGCUUUUUGCAGUUUGGUUCCAUCACUGAUGGGGUCUGGUCAGUGAUUGAGAAAGAUGUAGAUGGCUCUAAUGACAGUCCAAAAGGUACCAUGGAUUCUAAUCCUGUAACUGUAAACAAAAAGAAACGAAUUAUUAAAAAACCUUUGAAAGGUAAAUCGAGCAGUAAUGGAGCUGGCUUUCAGCAGUUUGCGUUUUCAGCUGUCAAGGAAGCAACAGGUAUUGAUCAGAGUGACCUUAUGGUUUUGGAAAGCCAUGUCACAUAUUCUACAAGUAAAGAAAAGACAGCUGCUUAUUUUUAUAUAAUGCAAUUAACCAAAGCAGACAACAGCGUUGCACUUCAAACUCCGAUUGAGGAUGCUAUAAAUAGCUUGCAGGGCCCUCUGGCCAUAAAGAAUUCGAUCUGGUGGACACAUACCUCAGUUGUUGAGUACUUUCAUUUGCUUCCUUAUGCUGAGGUUCUAUCAGACUGGCUUUUGAGGGAAGGGCUUUCUAAUCGUGUGCAAGUUCAAAGUGGGGGAUUGGAAACUGUAAAUGUAAGCAGCACUGAUAGGACUGAAAGACCUUGUGAAGCAGAAGUCUCAGAAAGAUUUCAUAAUCAUGUAAAUGAUAGUGCCGCAGAGCUUCGUGGCAGUGAGGCCAUAGCUCGACCUUUAAAGCACAAUGACAACACUGGAUGUCUUGGCAGUGAGAUGAAUUCAUUAAAGCAGAAUGACAAUGAUACAUGUUGCAUGGUUGAUUCGACUGGUGAUGAUGAUAGGCCUCGGAAGAUAGAUGUGGAUGAAUCUCCUGUGGCACGUACCCAAAAUAAAUACAAAAGAAGAAAUGUUUCUAGCAAAUACCAACCUCAAAAGUGCCUGAAGAAGACAAAUACAGCGGUUAAGUGUUUAAAGGGCUCGACAAGUAAGAAGAUGGAAACUGUGGAGAAGUGUUCAAAGGGCUCCACAAGUGAUGAUAAGAUUAAUGCUGACAUGGUUGAUCAGACAAUAAGUCAGAAAAUUACUGGAUGCACGGGUGCAGUUGUUGCCAGUGGAAACAAAAACUGUAAUUACUGGAUGCAUGGGUGCAGUAAGAAUAUGGAAACCGUGGAGAAGUGUUCAAAGGGCUCAACAAGUGAUGAUAAGAUUAAGGCUGACAUGGUUGACCAGACAAUAAGUCAGAAAUUUACUGGAUGCACAGGUGCAGUUGUUGCCAAUGGAAACAAUAACUGCAACAAUAUUGAUGCCAAUGGAAACAAAAAUUGUAACAAUAUCGUUGCAGAUCAAGAUAGGUUGCCUGCAACUGAUCAUGCUGUGGUUAAAUGUCAAUCCAACUCCAAGGAUCUUGUCAAAUUAUGCACCGUUUUAGCUUCGAAGGAUAAGGAACUUUCACAUACUGCAUUGACAUUUGUUUUAAGCAGAAGGGAUAAAUUGUCUCUGCAGCAACGAGACAUCGAAGAUCAGAUUGCUCAGUGUGAUAAAGACAUCGAGACAAUUUUGAAGGGUGGUGAAAAUAAUUUGUCCCUGAAGAUAGAAUCCCUUAUAGAAGGCUGUAAUGGCAUAUCCCUGAGAAAUGCUUCUCGGGAAAGGGCUUGUGAGGACCAAUGCUCGUCUCCAUCUGUCAAGAGGAAGAGUUUGCCUGACACUGACUUGGAUGAUGUUUGUUACAAGCACAACUGGAUUUUACCUACUUAUCAUGUGUCAUCACAAGACGGUGGAUUCCAAGCUAAUGUAACUGUUAAAGGAACAGAUUUCAAGUGGUCGAGUGGGGGUGACCUGUGUCCCCGCCCCCGUGAAGCGAGGGAAUCAGCUGCGCAACGGAUGUCGGCCAGACUGCAAAACAUGCCAAACAACUCUUCGUAG